AUGUCACGCAAAUUCAAGUACUACUUCAAUUCUGUUCGACCCACAGCUCCUGAAAACUUCGUGUCAAGUGUGAACGGCACUUUCUAUAGGAUUGUUGUGGAGUUCCAUCUCAUAGAAACCCACAUCAGGAUGCGAUCACUUCUCGUUAAUGCAAUUAUUGUGUUUCACUGGACCGAUGAUCGUCUGGUGCUCAGGGAACUGUUCGAUGACUUUGAAUUGCCGAAGGAGUUCGAGCCAUGGCUGCCGAGAGUGAGAACCAUUCCUGCACCGCAUACUGUAACAGUGAUUCUAUCGCCUGCCAGUGGCGUCCUGUCUCUUUAUCACCGGGUAAGAGACAUCAUAGAGUGCUCAUCCAGCGAGUGGAAGUAUCCGUUCGAGUCUUUUGAUUGUGAACUUCCAACGGAAAACGCCGGAGACGAGCUGAUUACGGUAUCAGCGAUCCGAGACAUCCGGCCAGGAGUCACAGACCCAUCUUUUCCACAGUCUGCGCUUCGACUAAAGUAUUCGGCCGACUGGGAUUUUGCUUUGCUCUCGGUAUACUUACCAUCGUUCUUAAUCCUAGCGCUAGUGUUUUUUGCACAAUGGAAACGACGGAAGGUG